AUGGAGCUUAUUAAGCGUCUGUUUGCUGCCCUCCUGGUGUUUGGUGUGGCGUGUGAUGUGACCGCACAGCCGCCCUGGUUGCUACCUCCACAGAAACAGGAGCCUCUUCUUCAGAUACCUGUGCAGCAGUCCAAUAGCCCUCCACCUGCUGCUCCCUUUGAUAAAUGCCAGGUGCGGGAGGAGGAGAAGAUCCAGUGCGGCACCCCGGAAAUCACCGCAGAGCAGUGUGAAAACCUCAACUGCUGCCACGACGGGCGACACUGCUACUAUGGGAAAGCAGUGACCGUUCAGUGCACCAGGGACGGUCAGUUUGUGGUGGUGGUGGCUCGCGAUGCCACCCUGCCUAAAGUGGAUGUGGAGUCGGUCACCCUGCUGGAGAUGGACGAGGCCUCCUGCAGUCCUGUUGACGCCACCUCUGCUUUUGUCAUCUUCCAGUUUCCGGUCACCUCAUGUGGCACCAUUCUCACGGAGGAGGACGGUUAUGUGGUUUAUGAGAACCACAUGUCCUCGUCUUAUGAAGUGGGCGUUGGAGCAAGGGGUUCCAUCACCAGGGACAGCCACUUUGAGUUGCUGUUCCAGUGUAGAUACUUUGGGUCAGCAGUGGAAGCUCUUAUAAUGGAAGUGAACUCGCUGCCUGCUCCAGUGCCUGUUGCUGCUCUCGGACCCCUGAGAGUGGAGCUGAGGCUGGGCAACGGUCAGUGCCACAGGAAGGGAUGUGUUGAGGCUGAAGAGGCGUACACGUCCUUCUACACUGCAGCUGACUAUCCAGUCACCAAAGUAUUGAGGGAGCCAGUGUACGUCGAGGUGCACAUCCUCGAGAGGUCUGACCCAAAUGUCGUCUUGAACCUGGAGCAGUGCUGGGCCACCUCAAAUCCGGACCCCCAGAGCACUCCCCAGUGGAACCUCCUGGUCGAUGGGUGUCCUUACGCUGAUGACCGCUACCAGACCACCGUGGUGCCGGUGGACCACUCCUCUGGACUCUACUACCCGACACACUAUAAACGUUUCAUCAUGAGGAUGUUCUCAUUUGUGGAUCAUAACACCCUGGAGCCACAAAGGGACUCGAUCUUCAUCCACUGCACCACUGCUGUGUGCCAUCAGGGCAGCACUUACUCUUGUGAGCAGCCGUGCCACCGCCAAAAACGGGCAGCGACGGAGAGGAUCUACAGCCAGAGGGCGUUGGUCUCAAGUAAACAGGUCAUUCUCACCAGCAGGCCUUCAUCUGCGUCUUCCAUGGAGGACCAAUCGAGAUGACCUGGUGAUGGAAUCUGUGUGAUG